CUGUGUUGAUCUCGAAAUAGUCAAAAUUCGUUUAUUUCCCCGAAAUAUAAAUGGAAAUAAGCAGAGAUUUAAUUUUAAUAAUGAGAAGAAGUCAAUAACUCUUUUAUGAAAGAUGUUUCUUACAGUGCCUUAAUACCAGUGCAAUCUAUAAAUAAAAAACUAAUGCAAAACUUCCUUUACGAAUUCAAUUUGUUUUCAUUAUGACAAAGCGCCGAAGGAUCGUUCAAGCUGAUAAAAUUGUACAAAAUAUAGCCCAAGUAUUUUGUUUGUUAAUGUUUUUACAGUUAAAAGGUUACUAUGCAGUACCUAAUAAUCCUGUUUUAUUAUAUUCAACUGCAUCAGAUAUAAGACUUUUAAAUGUGUCAAAACCGGGCAAAGUUAACCCUAUAAUUAAAGGAUUAGAACAAGGGUCUGCUGUUGAUUUUUUGUUUACAAAGGACUUAAUAUGCUGUUCUGAUCAAACUGCAGAAUUAAUACAAUGCAUGACUUAUAAUGAAACAUAUUCUGGUGAAAAAGAAAGAAUUGUUUCUGAAGGUUUAAUAACUCCAACUGGGAUCGCUAUAGACUGGUAUACUGACAAAAUAUAUUGGACAGAUGGUGAAACAAAUAGAAUAGAAGUUAUUAGUAUUAAUCAAAAAUAUAGAAAAGUUUUAUUUUGGUCUGAAGUUGAUUUAGCAAGAGCGAUUGCGGUUGUUCCAAAAGAUGGAUUAAUGUUUUGGACUGACUGGGGUGAGAUACCUAAAAUAGAACGAGCUGGUAUGAAUGGUGAUCAAUCAUCUCGCAAAGUUAUUGUAAAAGAUGAUAUAUUCUGGCCUAACGGUAUCACCAUUGAUUAUGAUAAUGAUAUCAUAUAUUGGGCUGAUGCAAAACUACAGUUUUUAGAUGCAAUUGAUUUUAGUGGUGGGAAAAGAAAGAGAAUAAUCAAAGGAGGUUUAGAAUACCCAUAUGCACUCACAUUUUUUAAUGACAAGCUUUAUUGGACUGAUUGGAAAACUUGGACAAUUUACACAUGGGAUAUAGCCACAAAUGGUCCUAUAAAGGAUGUCAUAAAAUCUAACCCAGUACCUGUUGACAUCAAAGUUUUUGAUGGCAGUAGACAGUUGAUGCCUACAGGAGAUUAUCCUUGUAAACAUAAUAAUGGGGGAUGUUCACAUCUCUGUCUUCUUUCUCCUACUCCACCUGGGUAUAUGUGCGCCUGUCCAACAGGUGUGAAGUUAAAAGAGGAUAGUAAUACAACUUGUUACAGCUCACCACAAUCAAUACUGUUGGUUGCGCAGCGCACUAUUAUAUCAAAGAUUUCUUUAGAUUCUCCUGAUUUUACACCCUAUACAGUCCCAGUUAAGGAUCUCAAAAGAGCACUAAGUGUUGACUUUGAUACAAAGACUGAAUAUAUGUACUGGGCUGAUAGCUUGUCUAAGACGAUAUCCCGGGCGCGUUUGGACGGCAGCGAGCAGUCUGUGGUGAUACACAGCUAUGGUGUACCAGAUAGUAUCGCCAUCGACCCCCUGGCCCGGAACAUCUACUGGACAGAUCCUGCCACUGACACUAUCAAUGUUGCCAGACUUAAUUUUAAUUUUAAAAAGGUUCUAAUUCAUGAAGAUUUACUUGACCCUCGUGCGAUAGCGUUGCAUCCAAAAGCCGGUCUGAUGUUCUGGUCCGAUUGGAAUGAAAAGAAACCUAAGAUCGAACGAGCAAAUCUCGAUGGCACGGGCCGUGUGUUGCUGGUCUCGGAGAAGUUGACUUGGCCCAAUGGUAUCGCGAUAGACACUGUUAACAACAGAUUGUACUGGGGAGAUGCUAGGAUACAUAAAAUUGAAGUGAGCAAUAUGGAUGGUACAGAGAGAAGGGAACUACACAACAGCGAUAUUCUGCAUGUGUUUGGUUUGUCAUUGUUGGGUGGCCAUCUGUACUGGUCAGACAUGCAGAGACGGACAUUAGAUAGAAUUAAUAAAGAUACAGGUCUGGAGCGUCAGUUAGUUGCGGAACAGAUGGCCAACAUGAUGGGUGUGAAGGCAUUUCGUUUGGGCGAGCCGUUAGGUGACAACCGCUGCAGUUUGGACAAUGGCGGUUGUUCCCACUUCUGUUUUAACAGGCCUACUGAAUACAUAUGCACAUGUCCACUGGUGAUGGAGUUGAAAAGAGAUAGAAAGACCUGUAUAGAUCCGGAUGCGUUCUUAGUGUACAGUCGCAAGAAUAUUAUCGGAAUAAUCAGCAUUGAUAAUGAAGAUAAUGAGGAAGUGUUGCCUGUUAAAGAUUUGAAGGAAGUCAGCGCGUUAGCGGCUCACGUGUCGGGGGGCAAGUUGUACUGGUCGGACAGUAAAACUAAAACAAUCAAUCGUUCCUCUAUGGACGGAUCUUUUAUGGAGAAAAUAUUGGAAUGGAUGGGAUUGGUUGAAGGUCUAGCGAUAGAUUGGUCAGCUCAGAAUAUCUAUUGGACGGACACGAGUUCGCAGAGGAUCGAAGUGGCUCGACUUGAUGGCUCCAGUCGGCGCGCGCUUAUCUGGCAAGGGCUGAAGAAACCUAAGAGCAUCGUCCUUGAUCCUAAGAAAGGUUACAUGUAUUGGUCAGAGUUAGGUUCAAAGAGUAUAAAGCGCGCGGCCAUGGACGGGACGUCCCCGACCGUGUUCAUAGAGCAAGUGGGGCGCGUGCACGCUCUGGCCAUAGACUACGAGACGCGCACGCUGUACUGGGCGGCGCUCGACCCGCCCGCCAUAGAGUACGCCUUCCUUAAUGGCACCGGCAGGAGGAUAUUGGCUAAUAAUAUUUCAAUGCCGUAUGCACUUACUAUUUACGGUGAUCGCGUCUUUUGGGGGGAUUGGAAUACUGGUCUAGUGGAAUCAGCGAAGAAGACUGACGGCGGUGACCGAGCGCGUCUGCACAGCGGGUUAGACUACAUCUCGGACCUGAAGGUGUACCCUCGAGGUCGGGAGCCGGACGGCAGCCAGUGUGCGGUGGAUAACGGCGGCUGCGAACAUCUCUGUCUGCCGCGCCCCGAUGACUACCGCUGCGCCUGCCCUGCACACUACCGCCGCAACCCGGACAACUUGACCUGCUCCGAGCCAGAAGAGUAUCUGCUGUUUGCCCAAAAGAAUGCAAUAGGUCGCAUUAUGGUUGCAACUGGGGAAGUCAACGAUGCCUUUAUACCGUUGACUGGACUCAAGAGUGUCAAGGCCAUAGAAUAUGAUCCCGUCAGCAAGAAUCUGUAUUGGAUGGAUGAUGACUCGCAUGCAAUACGUCGCGUGGCCAUAUCGUAUUCAACAACCUCGGCGAUUACAGAUUCGCAUCCCGUAGUGACAGGUCUAUCGAGACCGUUCCACAUGGUGCUGGAUGUGAUAGGUCGCGCCCUCUACUGGACAUGUCUGGACGGAGACUCGAUCAAUGCGACCUCUAUCGUCAAUUCCUCUCUAACAGGCGUUAUACUUCGCGGAGAGAAAAUGUUGCCUAGGCAUCUAGCGUUUCAUCAAACUAAAAGGGUGUUGGUAUGGAACGACGUGGGCGUGGGCGCAAUAAUGCGCGCAAACGCGGACGGCACGGGGCGCACGGAGCUGGCGGGCGCGCCCAACGCCACCGCGCUCGCGCUAGACCACGCCUCCGCCACAGUCUACUGGGCCCUCUCGCGACAGAUACACGCCGUGGACCUCGACGGGAACAACAAACGCGUGGUGUGGCAGGGUGGGUGGUGCGGCACGCUUGCGGCGUACGGCGGCGCGCUGUACUUCAGCGGCGGCGAGCGAGCGCUCAUGCGAGUGCCGCUACACCGCCGCGAGGCUCCCGCCGCUCCCGUAUCACACCUCGCCCGCCUCGCCGCACUCCUCCCCGUUAACAAGGUGGCUCGAGAGCACGCGUGCUGGGCUAGCAAGUGCGGUCAGGCGCCGGGCGCGUGCCUGGCGGGCGGCGGGUGCGGCUGCGCGCUACGCUGUGCACCGCAGCCCGCCUGUCAGCCCGACCAGGUGCCGUGCGCACCCUCACCCGAUCGCCCGCCACACUGUAUACCCCGCGCCUGGAAAUGCGACGGUACGGUGGAUUGUCCGGAUGGGUCGGACGAGGGUGCGGAGUGCGGUGCGUGCGCGGCGGGCGCGGGACUGCGCUGCGCGGAUGGCUCGUGUGCGCCUGCGCUCGGCGCCUGUCCCACUGGAGCUUACUGCGCCACGCCACUGCCCGCCGCCUUCCGUUGUGACCAACGGCUGUGCCUGGCACCUGCGCUCUUGUGCGACGGUCGGCUUCACUGCGAGGACGGCUCCGACGAGCUACCCUCAGCCUGCGGAUAUGGACAAAAAGAACAGCCGGUGCGGAAAUCGCGCGCGCUAGUGGUGUGCGGUGCGCUGGCGGCGGUGGGGGCGGGGCUGGCGGGCGCGUGGGCGGCGCUGCGCCGGUGCCGCCGCCGCGCCCCUCGCACGCCACCUCCCCGCCCCCUCGUGCCUAUCAAACCGCCUCCGCCCCGCGCGAGACCUCUCGGAGCCAGCUCCUCUGACCUGGUGUGCAGUUCGUUCGACGAUCGCGCAACGGAGAGCCUGUGCGAGCGCUACCCGCGACCGACGGCAAAUCCGCCGCCCAGCCCGGCCACGGCCAGCAGCGGUAACGCGGGUCGCCGCCGCGCCUACCGCCACUACCGCGCCAUGAACCGCCCGCCGCCGCCCACGCCCGCCUCCACUGACGCCUGCGAGUCUGAGCCCGAGCCCGCCGCCCGCGCACCGCCCCCCUCACCCGCCCCACUCGCAUACUGACACUCACAUACAUCAUACAUUCUACUUUUAAACUAUAAAGAAUUUAACAAAUUGAUUUAAAAAAAAACUCUGACCGUCUCACAUGGAAAUUGGUAUAAAAACCAUAUGUUGAUAAAUGUGUUUAUUUAAUGUCGAAAGGAUUAUUUACAGGUACUCAUAGUACUGAAUGUCACUUAGGGUUUAUUGUCCUGUUGCUAGCGUACUUCACUACAGUAAGAUUUUUUAAAAUUAUUACAGCACUUUAUUGAUUAUCUCAUAUCGCUGACAAAAUCUUUGUAGAAAGUAAAGUUAUAUAUAUAACGACUGGUGCUCCACAAAUAUGCCAAUCUGUUAAAUAAUAAGUUAAUUAUGUACAUAGUCAUAGAUAGUGUAAUUCAAAAUAAAAGUAUGUUAGAAGUUUGUGAAAAAUACGAUUUUUAAAAAAUUAAGGAAACUGUACGAAUAAAUAGCCAUUUUGUGCAGAAUAGAACCCCAAAUCACACGAUAUUGUCAGAAAUAAUUGAAGUUUAUUUAUUUUUAAGAAUUAACACAUAAUUUAUACGUACCUAGUAAUACUAUGCUAAGAGAAGUAAUUUAAUAUUAUCUAUCGUAAUGACUAUUAAAACUUGAAACUCGAUAAAAACUUGUGUCUCAGUAUUCUUCCGUAUGGCCAAAUUGACCAUAAGAAAUGCAUUUCUAGGUUAGCUUUCUAAAUAUAAAAAUGGUGUCAUGUUUUGGUUGUGAUUUACAUUGCCGUGGAUAUCCUUCUCGUUAGAUAAUUGUCUAUGUCAUACAACGAAUUAUUUUGGACUCGGUUUUUACUUCAUGGCGUUGUCCAUAUUUUUUGUCCAGUCCUUUAUAUGAGAUUUAAGGGCAAUUAUUGCAAAUGUACUAUCGUUGUUUUGAACAAAUGUGCCAAUUCUAUUUGAAGUAAGAAAAAUUUGCCUUAAUAAGUUUUUCUUUAUAUUAAUAAUAAAGACAUCGUCUUAGUAUUAAAUAAGAAUAAAAGUAAAACGCACAAGGAAUUGAGAUAGCGCAAUAAAUAUUGCCUCUGAUUGUCUCUUUCUUAAAACAUAAAGUGAAAUUUCAAUUUGGUGCUAUUUCACUGUUCGUGCCUCGAUAUUAUGUAAGUUUUAUAAAAUAACAUGUAUUAUAAUAGAUUAAUAUUUAGAAUUAAAUGUACAUAAAUGUUAGAUUAUUGUAAGAUUUCUAUCAAUCUAUUGCAAACGUUUCCACGCAUAUUCAUUUUUAGUAACACUAAAAAUAUACACAUAUCAUGUACUAUCAAUUUUACACUAGUUAUUGAAUUUACUAGCCAGAUAAAAGAUUUAAUAAUAAAAGUUAAAAGAUUUAUAUGUCGUUGUACACUAUAAGCGAUAUUUGCGCUAUAAUCACAAGAUUUUUUUUUACAAAACAACGGCGUAGUAUUCAAUAUCUAUAUUGACACCUAUGUCAUCUUUUAUUAAGCUAUUAGUUCAAUAUCCUGAUAAAUAAUAAUUAUGCCGUUUAAUAUCUUACAUUUACACUACGUACAUUGCACAUUUUAUUCUCUACAGAUUGCAAACGCCAAUAUUUAUGUUGACAGAUAAAUAGUUUUAGUAUAGUAAGAUUAAUUAUUAUAAUUUUACUAAUUAAUGCUGUUAUAAUAAUAAAUAAUAUCUAAGCAUAUUUUAUUAUACGUUUAAUUUGUGUCGUUUAGUUCGUUAAAAUCAUGAGACAUUAAUAUUUUUUUCUAAUGGUAUAGCUAAUGUUACGCAUCAUUUGUGUGACGAACUUUAUUGAAUACGAAAUGUGUAAAUAAUUUUUAAAUAAAUAAUUUUUAUUAAUAUUUAUAAUUAUAAUAAUUUCUAAUACUGUUUUUUGUUUAAUGAGGUAUACGUGUAAAUAAUUUCGAUAUACAUUGAUUGAAAUUUUUUAAUAACUUAAUUUAGUUGUAAUUAUAGUGAACGUAGUUGUGUUGCGUUUGCAAUUGGUAGCUUUUGUAAGAGGUAGUUUUAGAUCACUAAGUUAACUUUGACACCGUUGCCUUAAUAUGUUGUAAUCGGUACUAAUAUUGACUGAUUUGAGAUUUUUUUUUUUAUAAAAUAAAACUUCUGUACCUGUUUU